AAAAUGGAAUUAUUUAACGUAUUUAUUUGUUCUAAAAAACAUGAUAGACAGUUAAAAAUUGAAGAAAUUGAGAGCUCUAAAACUGACCAGCCAGCUUCUGAAACAAAAGGGCAUAUUUUGCAGUUCUUUACGAAUUCGAGUGUUUAUGUUCUGAUGAUAGAACAUGGAGUCCAUACAGCCUGGACGUUACCUGGACCCCACCUAACAAGUGAAAAAUCCGAAUUUCCUGUAACAAAAGCCCAAGGAGGUUGGAUAGCAUCUCUCUUCAGUCUCAGUACAAUUCUCGGAAUAAUGUUAUGUCCCCUCUUCAUGGACAGAAUGGAAAGAAAAUACACAAUGUUAUUAUUUUUCAUCCCUCGUCUAAUUUCCUGGAUACUCAUGAUCCUAGCCAAAAGUUACAUCACAUUAUAUGCAGCCAGGCUACUCGCUGGAGUAGGAACUAGAGGAUUGUAUAGCUUAACAGCAGUCUACAUAGGUUAAGUGGCUGAACAAAAAAUUAGAGGAACUCUCCUCACAACUUUAAGCAUUUCCAUCAACAUGGGAAUUUUCAUAGUGGCAAUAGCUGCAGCUAAUCUUGAUUACAAAAUAAUGAACUUUGUGUUCUUGACAAUACCAAUCAGUUUUAUCGUCCUUUUUUUAUUUACACCAGAGACCCUAUUUUUAUCUAAUGCAGGAUCGAGAUGUGAGGGCUAUUAGAACUUUGAGGAAAUUGAAUGGAGAAGUUUCGCCAUAAUUUGUGAUGGAUAAUAUUCAAAGAAUGAGGAAUGCUAUUUCUCAAGAUAAAAAUUCCAGGAAAAGUACGAUUCAUCAGCUUUUCAGUAACAGAGGCUGCAGAAAAGGGAUAAUAAUCCUUCUUGUUGCAAAGGCUGCAUAUUUUUAUACUGGAUUUUUAGCCAUAGUUGCAUAUACUCAAGAAAUAUUGAGUCACAGUGGAUCUUCUCUCAAACCAACUCAUGCGACGAUGAUUUUGGGAGCUGUUGAAAUAAUUGCUGGCUUACCAGCUACUCAGCUGAUUGAUAGGACUGGUCGAAGGGCUAUGUUUCUCCUUUCAGGAAUAUUAUAUACAUUUUCUUUAGGAUGUUUAGGUAUGUUUUAAUUUUUCAAGUAGCAUCGAGCAUAUGAUGUAUCGUCGUUUACGUGGAUGCCUUUGGCUAGUUUGGUUUUUUUAAAGUUAGUAUGCAAUAUUGGAUUGGCUACUGUGCCUACUAUUUUUAUGGGAGAACUUUUUCCGAUUAAAAUGAAAGGUUUGGCUUUGGCGUUUACAAACAUUUUUACUGGAUUGUACGCAUUUACUUUAAAAUUAGCGUUCCAAACAUUAUCGAGAACAGCGGGAAUUUAUACGACCUUCUGGACUUUUGGUGUUUGUUGUCUUAGUGGGGCAAUUAUUGUAUUUUUUAUUGCACCUGAAACUAAGGGAAUGAACCUUAAGCAAAUUCAACAUAUACUGAAUCCGAGGAGAAGUCGAAGGUCUUUUUCUUCUCUAGAAAAUGUAAAACUUAGAAGUGGUAAGAAAGAAACUUCAUAGAUUUUCUUCAGUCACCACCAAUUUUUACGCGGAAAAAAAUCUGGUUGGAGGCGGGUACCAUAUAUCAUAGAACCAAUAUUGUCCGCGUGGGCUGGACAUCUAUCGGUUCAAAAAUGGAACUACGGUGGUUCAAUUCUUUUGGACCAGCUUGAUUUGGCUAAAUAACGCACGACGUACUAGUGUCCUGAGAACAUUGAGGCUGUAGAUGCCGGAUCAGAGUAAUCCCACACGUAAAACGCGUGUCGUUGGAUGCUGGUAUACCAGCAGUUCAGUAACACAACCCGCGAUGUGUUAGCGCAUCGUGUCACGCUUCGCCCGAACCGCUGGUAUACCAGCAUCGAACGGCACUCGCUUCACGUGUGGAAUUACUCUGGUCCCACAUCCGUAGGAUCAAUGUUGUCAGGACACUUGUACGGCGUGCGUCCGCUAGCGGAAUAAAGCUGGUUCUAGAAGAAUCGAACCUACGUAGUUUCAUUUUUGAACCGAUAGAUGUCCAGACCACGUGGACAAUAUUAGUUCUAUGGUAUUAGGUACCUGCUUCUGCCAAGAUUUUUUUCCGUGUAUAGGCUGUUUACGUUUAUACAAUCUUGUUCAGUCGCAAGACCAGUGCAAACAUUAUGAUUUUUCGCCUGAAAGAUUUUUCAUCACUUAACUUUUUGAGAAUAAUUUAUGAACGUACUUUGAUAUCAAAAGCAGCAUUUUGUAGUCGGCUUAGCCCCACUACUCCCUACUGCUAACAACAAUACUAUGCAAUAGAGAAUUUUAUUUUUUCAGCGAUUUUACACACAAAAACAAUAAAUUUGAGCUCGCUCUCUGGAAAAAUCUGACCAAAAUAACAGCUUGCAGCGUAGUGGUCCAACAAAUAAAAUUUCCUUAUUUCUUAAAUUCUGCUAACAAAUAAAUGAAAACUUGAAAAAGAAAAUUUUAUUUUUUUGUACACAUCAACAUUUCACAAUAUUCGAUUGGAGCCAUCUUCUAAGUCUAUCGCACUCACUCAUAACAAAAAAAACAUAGCAUAGCGCAUUUUAUUUCUUAAUGUACAAUGCCCAUCUGCAUGCCAAGACCUUCAAUUUCAGCUGAGGUCGAAGGAAAUCAGAUUAUUUUUAGAGUAUGAUAAACCCUGUAAAAAUGUGCGCUCUAUAUUAAUAUAUAUGAUGGCAGAGUUUAAUUUGAUAGAAUAACUAUACCACCUCCGAAAUCCUUCAAUAUAGAUGUCACUUAUCGUCAUUUUAUGCACUGUUUUUAAUCAUUUGUAUUUCAUAAUUCUGCUUACUCUGAAGCCGAGCUCCCAGAAGUUCUUUAAAAUUAUAUUCUUUGUUUUAAGGGACCGAAAUGUUUUGAAUUAUAUCAUGUAAAUGUCAAUCAUUUGAUGUAGAAAGCAUCAUUAC